ACCUGAAGCUUAGUACUCCACAGGAAACAAGAUUUGAAAGUCGAGCAAGCUUGGGGAAACUAUCGAUCAAUACCAAUUAUGGAGAGCAGAGGGCUAUCUGCUGCAUUGGCAAUGAUGUUGGUGCUGUUGCUCGCCGCCGGCAGCGGCCAGUGCCAGCCGUCGUCGUUGGCUCCUGCUGACCAGGGCAACUACUACAGAGGGCACAAGGCAUGCGACCCACUCUGUUUCGUGAAGUGUGCGCUCACUGCAGGGGAUAUAAACUGCUACGGCGAGUGCAUACAAGAGUGCCUCGUCCAACCCGCCGGAGAACCCGAUCCCGACGAUCACCAGGCCACCUGCAUGGCCACAUGUGCUGUCCCCGCCUGCACCGAGCUCAGCACCAAAGCUGAACCAUUCUCCAAGGAUGUGGAACUUUGCCUGGAGUCUUGCGCAGAUCACUGUACAGCGAAGAAGGCUGAAAAGCAGCAGCAGCUCAAUCAUUCGCCAUGAAGUGAAGGUUAUGGUCGGUUCAGCAAUGGGGAUGGACCAUCGUAAAUGUUCGACUCAAAUUAGCAUCUUUCACUGUAGUAAGAUAAAGCUGAAAAAAACGGACACCCAAAAUUUACAAAGUAAUAGAAUGAAAGAAUGAGGGUCCAUGUGCAAUACUGCAAUUCAUGUAUCAAUUUCACAUUUCAACUAUAUAGUUUGAUAACUGAAGUUAUUCAUAUUUGGUUUCUUAUCUCUCACAUAAGUGGGUUAAGUAGAACUUGGGUAUCAGUCCACUCUACUAAUCAUAAUGUUUAUUAUAAACGCGAAUUUUAAUG